AUCCGUUUGCGUCGCACGUGGGACGUCAUCAGAUAGGGCCCUUCGGCAGUCUUCCUCGUGGGGACACACAUGGAGAAAGCGUGUUUGUUGGCUGGAAGUCUGUAGCGAAGAGACAGAAAGGAAGGAAAUGGCAGCGCUUAUCGCUGAGGAGCAGCUGCAGGCCGACCGACUGUCUCCAGAGGCGGGACAGGGUGAGCAACUUCAGCAGCUGGGGAAUGAGGAAGGGGCUGUCGCCUUAGUGGAAGCUGGACCUGGGAAGCUGCAAGUAGCUGCUUUGGGUAAGAAGCGGAAGGAGGCGCCACCUAUCCCCAAAGGAAGGCCUAAAUCUGGGCGGGUGUGGAAAGACCUCAGCAAAAAGCGAUUUUCCCACAUGAUCCAAGACAAGCCUUUACAUACUUCCUGGAAACAAAAGAUGAAAAUACGUCAGGAAAAGAAGCUCAUCAAAAAUUUUGCCCAGGAGCUGAAGGAACAAAAACAAAGGGAGCGUGAGGAGAAAAAGCAGCGGAGGAGGGACAAUUUAAAAAGACGGCUAGAAAAUGAGCGGAAAGCAGAGGUUGUGCAAGUGAUUCGAAAUCCCCUAAAACUGAAGCGUGCAAAGAAGAAACAUUUGCGGCGCAUUGAAAAACGAGACACACUGGCAUUGCUGCAGAACUCCCAAGCACAACCUAAAGCAGCCAAACGAUAAAAAAGUGGAAAUCUCUUUUCUGGUACAUUAAAAGACUUCUUGGGAUGCACAAGUCAAGACACAGAAUCCAGUGUAUCAAGAGACGUUGAUAUAUCAUAACUUUUUACUUGUCUUCUCUCACAACCAGCUAUCAUACCUUCCCUGCCCUCCCCAUAAGAUAUGUUAUUUUAUCUCAAUAAUCUUUAGGAAAUAUUUCUCUUUCUGUAGUAUUGGCAUUAAAAAGACAAAUGUGGGGAGAACAGCUGGGAUAUUUGAAAAUGAGAGAAAGCCCUAAAGGAGUUAUUGCAAAAUCUGCAGCGUCCAGAUGACUUCUAAUUUCCAGAACUUACAUUUCAUUUGUUCUUUAACAUGAGAAAAAAAAUAAUAAAAAAUGUACUUUUAAGAAGAAAAUGUGGUCCAGCAAAUCUCUUCAUGGGUUGUGUUGAUUGUGGAGGACUUGGCAAAAUCCAGGGUAGUUUUGUUUUUUUUUAAACUGGAGGUGUCUGGAAUUUUUUAAAAAAAUGUGUCAGUGGCUCCCUCUGACUUCCAUCAUAUAACAGAAUUCUGAUCUUUACUAGUUAAAGGACAAGCCAUAUAUUUUAAGUAAUAAAUACUUAAGCUAGAAACAAAGGAUGUUAGAU